AAAAACCCAGAAUUUGGGUAUAGGCUUCUCACAUUCUCCGAUUGCUGGCAUCACUAGAGGAAUCCUCUUCCAUCAAGUCACUGGAAGAGUGGUAAACAGAUUUAUAUCCAGCAUUUCAGAGCUUCCUCAUCUACCGUUUAUUUCACCAUCCCCUGCCACUUGAAAACUGUAUAGUUUAAUAUUGUUGAAAUGGCUGUUCCAAAGGUGAAUGAGAAGUUGCUUGAAGAGCUCGAAGUAAUGGGAUUUCCACAGGCACGAGCAACCAGAGCACUUUAUUAUUCCGGUAAUGUCAGCUUAGAGGAUGCUAUAAAUUGGACGAUUGAUCAUGAGAAUGACCCUGAUAUUGAUGAGAUACCAUUGGUAGAUAUAGACAUUGACAUCGGAUCCUCUCAGACAUUCCCCACCACAGAACAAAUGAGAAUCAAAGCACAGAAUUUAAGGAAACAAGAGCUUAAGAGGAGUGAGAAUGAAGAAAAAAUAAAGGAGAGAGAAAGGGAGAAGGAGAGGAUUCAAGCAGGUAAGAAACUCCUUGAAGCGAAGCGAAUUGCUGAAGAAAAUGAAAGAAAACGGAAUUUAUCCUUGAGAAAAGCAGAAAAAGAAGAAGAGAAACGAGCUCGGGAAAACAUUCUCCAAAAAUUAGAGCAAGAUAAGUUGAAUAGAAGGUCCAGACUUGGAUUGCCUUUAGUAAAUCAAGCAACUGUGACAUCAUCUGCUGUUGCAGUAAAGCAAGACAAGAAUCCAAAUUCGAAGCCUGUUUAUCCAACUGUAAAAGUUGAGCACUUGAGAGAGUGUUUGAGGUCUCUAAAGCGUGCCCACCAGGAUGAGCAUACCAGAGUCAGAAGGGCCUUUGAAACACUUCUAGUGUAUGUUAGAAAUGUUGCCAAGAAUCCCAAGGAAGAAAAGUACAGGAAGAUCCGACUGAGCAACCCAUUAGUCCGGGAUAGAAUUGGAAGUUUAUAUGGAGGUGUAGAGUUUCUCGAGCUCUGUGGUUUCGAGAGAACGGGUGACUUCUUGUAUCUUCCUCAUGAAAAAGUUGACAUGGAACUACUAAAUUCAGCUGGUUUUGUCUUAAACUCUGCAAUGACAAAUCCUUUCUUUGGACUUUUAAGCACUUAAUUUAUGAUUAACAAGCUGGAUGCAUCUCAUGCAUAUAUGAUAUAUAUGCUCCAGGGGAGUGUGAAUAUUUGACUUAAAGUUUGUUAUUUACAAAUAUAUGGAGUACCAAUCAAUGCAAGAAUAAAAACAUAGGUAGCGUUUGGCAGCGGAACAGGACAGAACGGAACGGAACGGGACGGAACGAAACAGGACAAUAAUGUUCUGUGCAGUGUGUUUGGUAAACACAGCACAGAACAGGACAAUUAUGUUCUGUUCAGUGUUUGG